AUGGACGAGGACCGUCAGUCUGUCAAGAAAUUCGCCUUCUUCGGAAUCGCCGCCUCGACGGUCGCCACUCUUACAGUGGUCAUGGCAGUUCCAAUGCUUUGCCUCUACCUUCAGAACAUUCAAUCUGGACUUCAAGACGAUUUGACUUUCUGCAAGUCCCGUACAGACUCUCUCCGCGGAGAGUACACUCGGCUCGCCGCUUACAGAGACUCUGCUGUGGCCACCCUUCGCCAGAAGCGUUCCACCAACGAGAAGUGCUGCUCUUGCGGAACUGGAACCGCCGGACCAGUUGGAGCACCGGGAGAUGAUGGAGCUCCAGGAUCCGACGGAAAGGCUGGAAAGCCUGGAGUCAACGGAAAGGAUGCCGAUGCCCAGCAGAUCCCAACCGCCGACGAUUUCUGCUUUGAGUGUGAGCCAUCUCCAGUUGGACCACCAGGACCACCAGGACCAAAGGGACCAGACGGAGAGUCCGGAGCACCAGGAGAGCCAGGGCCAGCCGGCCGUCCAGGAAACAAGGGAGCUCCAGGACCAGCCGGACCAGUCGGAGCCGAUGGAGAGCCAGGAGAGCUUGGAGCACCAGGAGCACCAGGAGUUCAGCGUACCGUCGCAUCGCCAGUCGGAGAGCCAGGAGAGCCAGGAGAGCAAGGACCAAAGGGAGAAGCCGGACAAGAUGGACGUCCAGGACAGCCAGGAAGACAAGGACCACAAGGAGAGCCAGGACAAAACGGAAAGGAUGGAGAGCCAGGAAAGGACGGAGUCGACGGAGAGCCAGGAAAGCCAGGAGAGGACGGACCAAAGGGAUCCUGCGAUCAUUGUCCACCACCAAGAACUGCUCCAGGAUAUUAA